UUUUGGCGGGACUACUCACGAGUAUAAGAACUGUCUGUGAAAACGUCAGAGUGACGUAUCAGGCGUGAUGUACUCAUCAUGGCGCGAAAUGACGUCAUCCAGCCGCUUGCUACUACAUUUUAUGUGUGCUAUAGACUAUAUCAUCCAACCCUACUAGAAUCUACAACAGAGGCUUUACAUUAUUCAAUUGAGAUCAAAUAUUGGUUCAGAUGUCUUGUGGUCCCUAUAGAUCGAGCAUACAGCCUCAAGUUAUUGAUGGGUUUAAGAUUGAGAUCGACUCCGACGUGGCUCACCAAGACUAUUACAAUGACUUCGUCUAUACGGAGAGACACUAUGACAAUAAAAUGUCAACUGCGAGUCCAGAGAAAUUCGUUAUUGAUCUGAAUAAAUCCGUCGUACCAAGUCCUAGUGUCGAUGUCUCGUUACGUCCUAGGGACUGCACUAGUUCUUCUCUCUACAGAGCCUUAACAGACUCAAUUCACAAAAGGCGUUUCCACGAAGUGAGCCCAUUCACCGGUCCCUCCACGACACAUCCAGUAAACGAGAGCACGCCUGUGCUUAGCGCGGCACACUUACAAGGUAAAGCUUUAGACAGAAGCAAACUGAUAACCACCUUCCCCAGAGAUCAGGCUGCUGCAUCGUCAAGCAUUGCUGUGGUGGAGAGGGAGGGUGUUCCUCAAGGCCUCUGGGGUGGUCAGGUGGUACCGCUGGACCUGUCCAAACCAAAAUCACAUGGUAGUGCUUUAUCAUGCAACAAUAAAGAGGACUCCUCAGGCAAAAGGCGACACCUAGCGGGCUCACACAAAGAGACACGGAUCACUUUCGCUUUUCCACCAACUGGCAAUACUGUAGUAAGGCAUAUAUCUGCAUAUUUACCGGCACCGCAAGAUAGCGAUAAUAAAGAGGAGAUAACCAAAGGGGCCCAUGUUGUUUACAAACCAACACCCACGUAUCCAACGCUUUUUCAUACGCCGUCCUUUCAAGGUGAAGGUCGUUUCACAAAUUUUAUUAACACUUCUGGGCCACAGCGUUCCUUGUAUGACACUGAGUGGAUGCCAAACGUAACAGGUCGCUGGGGCUGUUGUAACAAAUAUUUGUGGGACAACGAUUCACAAUAUUCGGUGCUUGGUGAGAGGUGUAGGGCUGACCACAAUGCUUAUCCUUGGAGACAAGCAGGCAAUCGCCUCUCGAACGAUUCUAUUUCCUUUUCAGGCGAAUGUGAUCUUUUUAAGCCAUCGCCUCACGAACCACUACCUAAAAGCGGACUUGACGGCCCUUGUACGGUUCAUCUAAAUAGUGACAGUAUCAAGAGCUCGUCAGCUGAUGCGGACACUAACUGGUUACAAGACAUGGGCCAUACCCCACCAUCUGAAAUCAGAAAGCAGACAACAAAAAUGAAAUCAAAUAUUAAAAAAGCAUGUUUGACACUUCCUGUUAAAACCCGGAGAGCCAAGGCAACAUCUACAGAAUCAAAGCAAAAAAGUCACGUGGCUAUGUCUCGGAGGCACGUCAAGCCCAGAAAAUCGCAACAGGCGUCACAAGAAAUGUCGCCCACUUACAAACGUUUGGUGAAAAAAACUGCAAAUUUGAAAGAUGAUGAUGACGAUGACAAUAGACAUAGGGGUAAAAAUAAGAAAGCAACUCCAAAAAUACCAAACAUUAGCAUUCAUUUAAAGCGAUGCCCCAAAGACUCAAACGAUUACAUAUUUUUCCCAUCCAUCAAUAAACCAAGUUUCAGGCAGAGGAUUACAAACAAUGCGCAUGACCAUACAGGCAUGAUGGGAACGGAAGAUACCGGAAGAGAUACCCGCAGAAAUACAGCUCAAACUUUCUGUGAUCUGAGAGAUCUGAAAAGUAACCAACCUCUUGGUUUGACAUUAAACAUCCUCCCAGCAAGACAUUGCCCAUCCCCUGAAAAUAAACACUCUCAAAGCCAUUCUGAUAGAGACAAUAAAACAAUGAACGCAAUUUCCAAAAACGGAAAUGAACCGGGGUCCAUAACACUUCCAAAGAAAGAGAACUCUGACAAUUCUGGCAAAUUUGGGGCCAGCUUUGUGUGUGGAACGUGCAAGACGAAAUGUGACAGUUUGUUUACUCUGCUGGAGCAUCAGAACAAAGACUGCCAAUUUAGAAGGAAAGUCUAUCACGCCACUGACUGCCUAGCGAACACAGAGGGCCAAGAGUGUCAAUGCACUAACUGCUCAUUCUGUCAUGUUAUCUUCAACUCCAAGUUUCGUGUUUUUUCACACUGCCUGAAGAGUUGCUACGUUAAGAACAUGCUAUCCAUAGCUACAGAGGAGCAGAAGUCGCUACCAGGUGGCGCAACAAAACGACUAAAUGUCAAGGACACACAUGUUAUUUCUAUUGAAAGCAGUGGGGAUGAAGAAUUUCAGCAAGCAUUGCAACAAAACAAGCCGAACAAGAAAAUCCAUCACUCAAAGCUAGAACACAAGGUGCAUAAUACUUAUGUUGCUAAAUCAGAAGAAAAGAACUUGGCAUCUACUCAAAAUGUUAACAUCACAAAUGCAAAGGCUUCUACUAGUGCAUUGUCUGACUCUAAGGGGAAAGCACUAGAUUGUACUUCCGAUGAUAAUUUAUCCAGGAAAGAUAUUUCAGAGUCGAAUCUUACAGGUUUAAUUACUAACAGUGAAGAAAUGAAAAACCUAGAAGAUUCUACCUUUAAUGUCAAAAAAGAUUCAUGCCUUAACAGUGAAAACAAGUUGGGUCAAACUCUUUCUAAACAGUACACUGAACAAUUCAAUGAGGUAGUAGUCACCCAACAUACACAUCCCACUGGUUUCAAGCAACAGACAACAGACAAUGAAAUCCAACAUCCUAACGAAUUGACUGGCUGUGCUAUAGAGACUCAAUACAAAGUACCAAAUCAAACAAUAAAGAUCGAACUAGAAGAUAGUCAUAUUACUAUCUCAGACACAUCUGUACAGACUAGUCCAGUGAUUAUAUCAGACAAGACAAGACAGACAAGCCCUGUGAUUAUAUCAGACAAGAUAAGACAGACAAACCAUGUGAUUCCGUCAGAUACAUUGACACACACGAAAACAUUGGACUGUCGCCAGCAUGUCAGAAAUGAAACACUUGAAGUUUAUCUCGCCAGCGACAGAAUCACUGCACCUUAUGACCGUAACGCCAUGAAUAUCCAUAGCAAGGAAAUGCGUUUAUUUUCAACACCUGAGAUUAAACAUGAACUGAUAUCUCCAAGUGUUGCCAACUGCUCACUCAAACAUGAAGUAAAUAUGUUCAGCACAGACGACAGAGAUGGAACACUGGCAAGUAGAUCACACCAACAUAGUAAUGUGCUGUCUCAGUGUGAAUCAGAGCAGGCUCUGACUAACAUUUGCAGUAGCAAUCCAAAGAGAGCUCUUGUAUAUGACAGAGAAGCUUCACAAUACAGUUUUAACAUUGAACCUGAGGUUAAAAAGAAGAGAAGGUCAAAAUAUCAAAUCUCAAGUGGUGUUAAUUUCAGCAGUGUAUUAAACGAACUGACUCCACCAGUCCAAAGUUCUGCAAUAGCUUUUGGUGCUAGUCAGAGAAUUACAAAGUCAGGAGAAAAAGAAAGAAUCACUUACUUGCUGGAUGCCAACAAUAAGCCACUCAUGCUAGUAGAAAAGGAACAAAAGGAGAACAGCAUUAUGAGAUGUGAAAAGUGCUUUCAAUGUUUUCCUACUUUCUUGUUCUUGACAUGGCAUGUGAAGUACACUUGCCCUUAUUCCUCUAUCAUGCUUGCGGCGGCCAACUCAAAGGUGGGACAAUCUUAUGUUUAUAAAUACCUGUGAAUUAGGACUGUCAAAAGCAAGAUGCUCAAUUGUUAGAAAAUUGUAUAGAACAUUUAUGGAAUAAAUACAUGUUUGUUAUUUAAUAUCUUUAGGCAUGUUUACUGUAAAUAAAAGUAAUGUUUACCAUUUAAAGCAUAUUUAUUAAACUUUCCAUCUUUCAUUUUUAAAAUGU